UUGCACGAUGUACCGAUACUUCAAAAGCACCGCGAUUCUUGGAAAUUAAAAAUGUCACGAUUCCUAAAUUUAUUAGUAUCGAUACUUCUAGAAUGUCCGUGUUCCAUAUUUGUAAGAGACAUAUUUCAUGUUGGUGUGUGCAACGCACGCUCGAGUGCCUCCCUAUGGACGUCCGUGUUUUUUCUCCUCACGCACGCAGCAAGAGGCUGCACUGCUGCUGUCAUUUAACAAACACUACAGAGAGAUGGCUGCAUGUGCGAGUGAUACUGUGGCCGCCGGUCCACGGCUGGUUGAUAAAGAUGACGCGAGGAGUGAGAUAUGGAGGUACUUUGCCUACCUUGCUGACAGUGAGGGCAAAGCUACCGAUAUGUCGAGACCUGUUUGUCGUAAGUGCUACAAACAAUUGCAAACUAAGGGAGCCAACACCUCGAACCUGGCGAAACACUUGGCCGACAAGCACGCCGAGUUGCACAAGGAGUUUAAAGACCGACAGCGGUCUGCAGCUAUGGGCUCUGGAAGAGCAACUCCUCAAAGGCAGCAGCCAACCCAGCAGCCAACCCUCCAAGCUAUGUUUGAGCAGCACAACAAGUACCCCAGGGAGUCCAAGGAGGUAAAACGGCUUAACAGGGCAGUAGCAGAAUUCAUCUGUCUGGAUCAAGUGCCAGUUUAUAUAGUGGAAAAAGCUGGGUUUAGAAACCUUAUGCAAAAUCUCGACAAAAGGUAUGACGUCCCAUCCAGGAAUUUUUUCAUGUACAAUGAAAUUCCCAAGAUGUACAAUGAAACAAGAGCGAUAAUCAGUGCCCAACUUAGUCACACACCGAAUACAUUUUUCUCCUGCACCACUGAUCUCUGGACCAGCAGAACUGUGGACACUUACAUGGCAGUAACACUCCAGUUCAUUACACAGUCCUGGGAGAUGCAGUCCUGGUGUUUAGGGUGCUCUGCAUUGUAUUCUGAUCACACAGCCGACACUCUAAAGGAAACCCUGGAGGAAAUUAUCACAGAUUCCUGGGGGCUAGACAUGGCCAAUAUGGCUGGAAUGACAACAGAUAAUGCGUCAAACAACCGCAAAGCUUUCAGUGAAUACACCUGGAUACCCUGUUUCGGGCACAAUCUGCAUUUGGCAGUGAACAAAGCCAUAGAUAUUGAUCGUGUGGCAAGCUGUCUGUCCAGGCUCCGUAAGACUGUGUCAGGCUUCUCCAGAUCAAACAAGAUGUCUAGACUGUUCAAAGACAAACAAAAGUCUUUAAAACUGCCACAACAUACAUUAAUCCAUGAUGAGCCCACCCGAUGGGGUUCCACCUAUGACAUGGUGGAACGAUUUUGUGAGCAGCAGCAAGCUGUCUCUGCGGUUCUGGCUGAGGACCGGAAGAAGUGGCACCUGAUGCCCAGAGACACAGACAUGACCACUAUAGAAAUAGUGAGGGAUGUCUUGGCUCCACUCAGUGACUUCACUGAUGCCCUGAGUGGAGAGAAAGAAACCACCAUAUCAUCAGUCCUGCCACUGAUGUGGAAAAUCAAAGCCUGCCUAAUAGAAGAGGAAGGCGACCGCCCCUUGGCCAUAGAAAUGAAGAACAAAAUUAGAGGAGAUUUUGAGAAAAGGUACGAUGACCACAACCUGCAGAUGACCCUAAACACCUCUACGUUCCUUGAUCCGAGAUUUAAAGAUACUUUUGUAACAAUGGAGGAGGAUAUCAAGAGGGAGCUGCUCCUUAAAUCUGAGGCCGUUCAGCUUCCACCCCACAGUCCAGUGGACCCUAGAGGAACAGGUGCUGCACCAAAGAGGAAUAAGAGAGACUUAAAAAGUUAG